CUGCGCAAACACGGAUUCCCGGGCUCCGCCGCCUGGAGCCAAAACUUUCGGAAUCUGUAUUUUUAAUCGGCUUCUCCAGGAGCAGUGGUUCACCCUGCAGUUGGAGACACUCUGGCCUCAUUUAAAUUUUAAAUUCGAGUAUACAGCCAAGGUUGAGAGCCACGAGUGGAAGUCGUGCCUUAACGCCCGCUCAGAACAGCCUGGGGAGCGUUACCCACCACCGCAGCGCCCGGGCCAAUUUAGUCCGGAUCUGGAAGCGCCGCCAGGGCCUCACCCGGGAGCUCGUUAGGAAUCCAAAAGCGCAGGCCCCAGCCCAGCCCCACCGAGUCAGAAUCUGCAUUUUAACGAGCUCCCCGGUGGUUCCUGCGCACGUUCGAGUUGGAGGCGAGUGGCGCUUCUGAAAUUUUAAUGGGCACGCGAGUCACCUGGGAGCUUGUUAAGAUGCGGACGUGGCUUCUCAAACUUUAAUGUGCGUGCGAACCACCCGGGAGCUCGUUACAAUGCAGAUUCUGAUGCAGCGGGCCUGGGCGGAGCCCGAGAGUCUGCAUUUCUCGGGAGCCGCGGGGGGUGCGGCCUGCGAGGCGCGGACCGCGCUCCCGGGACCCCGCGGCCUUGGCCCCGGGCCAAUCAGCCGUCAGGACUCGGGAUAAAUCGCCCCGCUCCGCCGAGGAGCGGGAUCGCGGGACCUGCGCGCUCCGCCGAGGGGUGUGACUUCCCUCCUCGGCGACCUGGCUGCGGGAAGUAGGCCGCUCGCGGGCGCCGGGGCGCCACGCCAUGUCGCGGCGCAAGCAGGCGAAGCCGCAGCAGCUGGCCCGCGCGGAGCCGGAGCCGGAGCCGGAGCCCGCGCGCCGGGAGGUGGCGGAGGUGGCGCGCGAGGCGGCCGGGGAGUCGGCUACAGAACUAGAUAAUGAUGCCCCCAAACCAACUUGCCCCUCCUCCGACAGCAGCGACACCCAGAAAGCCCCUGCCGUGGCUCCUCCCUCCGAGUCAAAGCAACAAACGGCGACCCUCGGAGAGAGGACAUUCAACUGCUGCUACCCAGGUUGCCACUUCAAAACUGUUCACGGCAUGAAAGAUUUGGACCGCCACCUACGAAUCCAUACGGGAGACAAACCCCACAAGUGUGAGUUCUGUGACAAGUGCUUCAGCCGGAAGGACAAUCUGACCAUGCACAUGCGGUGCCACACCAGCGUGAAGCCCCACAAGUGUCACCUGUGCGACUACGCCGCCGUGGACAGCAGCAGCCUUAAGAAGCACCUGCGGAUCCACUCGGACGAGCGGCCCUACAAGUGCCAGCUCUGCCCCUACGCCAGCCGCAACUCCAGCCAGCUCACCGUGCACCUCCGCUCCCACACGGGGGACACCCCCUUCCAGUGCUGGCUCUGUAGCGCCAAGUUCAAAAUCAGCUCGGACUUGAAAAGGCACAUGAUCGUGCACUCCGGGGAGAAGCCCUUCAAGUGCGAGUUCUGUGACGUCCGCUGCACCAUGAAAGCGAACCUCAAGUCGCACAUCCGCAUCAAGCACACCUUCAAGUGCCUGCACUGCAGCUUCCAGGGCCGGGACCGGGCGGACCUGCUGGAGCACAGCCGGCUGCACCAGGCCGACCACCCCGAGAAGUGCCCCGAGUGCAGCUACUCCUGCUCCAGCGCGGCCGCCCUGCGCGUGCACAGCCGGGUCCACUGCAAGGACCGCCCCUUCAAGUGCGACUUCUGCAGCUUCGACACCAAGCGGCCCAGCAGCCUGGCCAAGCACUUCGACAAGGUGCACAGGGACGAGGCCAAAACGGAGAACCGGGCCCCGCCGGGCAAGGAGGGGCCCCGCGACGGCGGCUCUCCGCACGUGGCCAAAAUCGUGACUCAGAGGGCCUUCCGCUGCGACACCUGCGGGGCCGCCUUCGUCCGGGACGACUCCCUGCGAUGCCACCGGAAGCAGCACAGCGACCAGAGCGAGAGCAAGAGCGCGGACGUGGUCACCUUCCCGCCCGAAAGCGGCGCCUCCGGGCAGCUGGGCGCCCUGGUCUCCGCGGGGCAGCUGGAGGCCGCCCUGGAGCCCGGCCUCUGAUCACACGAGGAGGGUGGUGAGCUGCCCAGAAACCCAGGCAAAUGCUGUUCCCAGCCAUUGGGUGUGGCCAUCAAGCCAGACUGUCACCAGCUCUGGGCACGGCUGCCCCCUGCUCAUGGGCCUCCAGACGCCAGGGCUGCAGUCCCUGGGGCCGGAGAGCAGACGCCUCCCGUCGCUGUCUUCCCUCCAAGAACCCAUGAGGCAAGGUGGCCAGUCGUCCCAGGGUGGGGCCCACUGAGCACUGCUCUGUCCAGUAGGACCAGCUUCUUUCUGAUGGACUCCAGUCCUAAGACGGGUCCAUCUCUGGUGCAAUUAUUAAACGACUUAACUACACGGGACAGGAAAACUGAACUGACCUGUUAGUGGGAAAGGUUCGGGUGAGGAUGGGUACCCAGAGGCUCUGGGAAGCUCUAGUUCUUAACCCUGGUGGUGGCUGGUUGAAGAGUGUUCGCCUUAUACGUUUUUGUAUGGUUCCUUUUGUCAGUUGUCUUAAAAUAAAACUCAUCUGCCUAA